AUGCUUGUUUCAAAGCAGAACAGAAAGGUCAUUUACGAAGCUCUUUUCAAGGACGGUGCUCUUGUCGCCCCCAAGGACUACAACGCUCCCAAGCACACUGAACUUGAUGUCCCCAAUCUCGAAGUCAUCAAGAUCAUGCAAUCCUUGACCUCCAAGGGUCUUGUCAAGACACAAUUCUCUUGGCAAUGGUACUACUAUACCCUCACUGAUGAGGGUAUUGAUUACCUCCGUGAAUACCUUCAUUUGCCUCAAGAAAUUGUUCCUGCUACUUUGAAGAAGUCUGCCCGUCCUGCUGCUCCUCGCCGUGCUUUUGGCGGUGAAGGUCGUGAAAACCGUGGUCCUCGUGGUGAUCGUGGUGAUUACCGUCGCAAGGAAGGUGCUUCUGGUGAUUUCAAGCCUGAAUUCCGUGGCGGUCUUGGUCGUGGUAACCGCGAAUAA